CACAGUUGCUGAGCCUUCGGAACCUAGCAUUCUCAACGGUGAGCUGCUCAUUUGCCAUACCUCUCGCACGACCACCCGGCGGAAGCGAGACCCUUCACAUAAUUUUUUUGCGUGUGCCGGCGAAUCCUCGUGUCCCUUGGGGCCUCCGCAGCUCCUUUGCGUCUUCUUCCGGCCAUGGUAUCCUAGACGCUACACCUAACCUGACAUGGUCUUCGUCCCUAUCACUCGCGCGCAUCCCUCUAGCUCCCCACCGUAUAUUAUUUCCUUGAUUCGUCGCAGCGAGAAGACACCUGGCCAAUUAUUUUCGUGAAUCUCCGUCGUAUUAAGGAGCGUGAUCUGGGCCGUCGGAUCAGCAGCGGUGGGAAGCUUAUCCACCAAUCACGAGCCCUCUUAAUCUCAAAACACGUGUAUCAGCACCAGCCACCGACACUCGUUCUGGUGCCACCAGCCGGCGACCAACCUCCUGGGUUAUCUGGGCCGUCCGAUCACCCUUCUCAGUACGCGGACUGCAUCCGUCCCUCCCUCUUAUCCCACUAAUCUCCUGUCGCGAUAAUCUGGACCGUCCAAUCACCCGUCUCAGCACCAGCACUAUCCUCCCGUCGCGAUGUCGUUCAGCAACGUCAUCGGCGGGAAACUGAAGCUAAAAGGCGGCGACCGCGCGCUGCCGUCCAUCGGCGGCAUAAAGAAGAAGAAGAAAAAGGCCGGCAAGCCCGUGAACCUCGACUCGCUGCAGCUGCAGGCGCUUCGAGACGCCGAAGCGGCUCUUAAGGAGGAGGAGGCGCGCGGCGGCGCCGCUGGAUUGCACGAAUCCGGCGCAGCAGGAGCAGCGGGUGGGGUUGCGGGGGAAGCGGGGGGAGAGGACGACGCGGAGCAGCAGGCGCAGGAGGAGGCGGGGGAGGAUCACCGCACGCCCGCGGAGCGGCGGUACCACGAGCAGCUGGAGAAGCUCGAGGCGGAGCGGGCCGCGAGGGGCGCGAGCAAGUCGCACAGGCAGCGCGUGGAAGACUUUAACAAAUACCUGGCGAACCUUAGUGAGCACCACGACAUUCCCAAGGUUGGGCCUGGCUAAGGGCCCCUCAGGAGGCUGUGAGGGGCGCGAGCAAGCCGCACAGGCAGCGCAUGGAAGUCUUGAACAUGUAUGAUGUAUCUGGAGAAUCUCAGCGAGCGCCACGGCAUUCCCAAGGUCGAGCCGGAUUAAGGAGGCUUGGUUGAGGGCGCUGCUUUUGAAUCGACUCAAAAGAUAGUCGCACUGGCAGUGCCUGGAAGACUUCAACAUGCAUCUGGAGCAUCUCAGCGAGCACUGCGACAUUCCCAAGGUCGGGCCAGGUUAAGGGGGUUGUAUUGAGGGGACUUCCGCCUGGCAUUUCAGGACGGGCUGGGACAUGCCUUGAGGGGGCGUCCAUCCUGGUCUGUUCAGGUGGCAGGUUGAGUGACACUUACUGACAUGCUGCUGAGAACCAGCUCUCCUUCCCGCUCUCCCUGCUUUCUACUUCCCCCCUCCCAACCCCUCCUCCACCGCAUCCUCCUUCCCCCUCCCCUGUCCUCUGGGCCAUCCUCCCCUGCCAGCUAUCCUUAUCCCUUUCCCCGUUGCUGGCCGAUCUGCUGUUUAGGGACAGAACACAAUGGUCUUUUCUUCCCUAGGCUUCAUCGUCUACGGCAUUUCUUCCUCCCUUGAAGUUGCCUUCAGUGUGCUUACUCUUAAAACUGAAUGUAUUGAGUAGAGAACCUGGGUACAAGGAAAUAUAUCUUGUACCCUCUA